AUGGCGGCUGGUUCAAGGCUUUGUUUUACUCUAAUCAUCGCACUCUUGCUUCCGAAGUUGGCAAGAAGUUAUCGUCCUUUUAAAGUUCCAAAGAAUCUUUUCGUGCAUGGAACCUCGCCGUUCACCCUUCCCGAGGGAGCACAUGAGAUAAUUCGGCGGGAAGAUGGCGCUCCAACCUUGGAAACUCCUGAAGAACUUGUGGAAGACCUACGAGGCCAACUUCGAAGUCGGGUCCGUCGUGACAGCCCAGUACCUAGUCAACCGGAUAAACGCAUGGUAAGUUUGAGUCUUAUAGUUUUUGCUUAUUAAAUUGCGCUACAUAACAGUUCUGUAAGGGUGAUUUCGAAUGCUUACAUACUCCAUGCUAACGGUGCACAUGUACUUCUAACCUAGUCAAACACUUUGAUUGACUUUUUCAGCUAAUUCUGGCAAAAGACUUCGACACCCUCUAUAUGUACUGGCCUCGUAAUCGCGGGAAGGAAAGCAACAUAUUUCUACUAGCAAAAAACACUAAAAUUGGAAGAGAUAAAACUAAAAGCAAGGUUUAUGUGUCUCGAAACUACGGAAAGAAUUUCACGGAUCUUGGUUUAACCAACAAGAGUAACCCACCACAGAUUGAUCAGAUUUAUUCUUCAAAAGCAGAUCCACAGCUUGUAAGUAGACCUUUGCAUUUAGGUUUCACAUAUUGUGUUUUGUUGUUUCUGAUAGAUCCUGAUAGCUGGUGUCUGUGAGUUGUUUUGAUUACAACACGUGUUCGGUUAGUACGUAAAUGAAUUUGUAAAAUCAUAAAUGCACAUAUAUUUGUUGCAUUUACUACAUUUUUGAACGUGAUGCAUAUGCAGUAUUCAACUGUAAUGAGUCUUCUUUUCGUGACAGAUAGGAAGUUUAAUGUUUACCUCGAGGUGCUUAUAGGGUGUAAAAAUGGCGCGUAUACGUGGACAGCAAUUUAGUUUCAUGUACAAAGUCAAAUAUAAGCUCAGGUUUAUGACGAGAUAUUCAGCAUACGCAAUAUUGAAUCAGCAUUUUCGAAUGAGCUUUUUUUCAAUCGGUCACAGUUCGACAGACAAUAAAUUUUUCAUCUUCGUUUUUUUUAUUAUGCAACGUGGCGUCUUGCUGUGAGCGCUGAUAUCUUUUAACGUAAAGCAGGACAUCGGAUACGUUGUGCAGGAAGUGAUCAGAAGUUCUUUGUCCCAUCAGCAUUUUAAAAAAGUUUUGAAAGUUGUAUGGAAAGCACGUCAUCCAAUCAACUUGGGCUCCAGUAAAAGCUGAUUUAUUCCUAGAACAUAAGCGGGCUGCAUUUUGAGAAACGUGUUGGUUUAUGUCUGUUCAAACCCCAAUCAUUUGCAUAAGAAUAUCGUCUUUAUUAUUAUACCCAUAUCCCGUGACUGACUGUUUAUGUUUAGAAGAGAACAAAGCCAUAUCAUUAGCUAUAUUGAAAUCUUGAACCUAGGAUCUUGUAGAAACAGAAAUAUUUUCCACAUUAAUUUGCUCCAAAUUUACAAUUUUUGUCCUUUUUUUGCUGUGGCAAAAAAAUGUUAUUUUUGUUUUAGAGCUGAAUAUGUUUCUCCAACAGCACAUGGUCUUUUUGGUUAUUCUAAGGCCAUAUGACAGGAAGCAAUAUUCCUCUUCAUCCCAAAAGUCUCUAAGCUGGUUAAAUCACAAAAUCUUUGAUAUAAGAGAGUAAGUCUAACAGUGCAAUUUUUAAUUUGCAAAAUGUUGACUCAUGGUCACCUAGAUCAUAAAAGUACACACAUACAUGUAGAAGCUUUUUGUUAUGGGUGAAAAAAAAAAUCACUAACGGGGCUGUCAAUAAGGGCUAGUAGACGGGGUAGUUUUGAAAACAAAGCACUCGAAAACAAAGACACAAGCACGAAGCACCCAAAACUCUAAAACGAAGCACCUAUCGAAAAUGAAGCACUCGAAAAUGAAGCACCCAAAAACUCGAAAACAAAGACCCCAAAAACUCGAAAAUGAAGACCCCUAAACUUGAAACCAGUCUGUCCUUUAUAAAUUGGCUAGAAAGUCUGUUGCUAAUACAGCAGGAAUCAAGCACGAUAACGAAUUGAAUGCAGUUCAAAUCUACAACCUACAGUGGUUUCGAGUUUUGGGUGCUUCGUUUUCGAGAUUUGGGUGCUUCGUGCUUCGGUCUUCGUUUUCGAGUGCUUCGUUUUCGAAACUACCCAGUAGAUGGCCAAAACCGCUGGCUAGUUAGCCUUCCUUAGCCCGCUACUUUCAUCUCCUUCUACCGUAACUGCUAACAAAAAAUAAACACCAUCAAAUAAAAUUUUCUUAUAUACAUACUGAGAUAUACUCACUGAAAAGCUAUGGCAUAAAUUUCAUACGCAAAUAAGUUCUAGCCAAUUGGAGGAGCAAACGAUGCUUUUCACACGUGAAAAAAGCAAUAUGUCCAAUCAGAAUCACGAGCAAUGUUUUUUCACGUGAGAAAAAUGAUACGUCCAGUCAAAAGCCACAGAGGUGUGUGAGUUUAAUUCGCACUAAAAUUUUCUGCCGUUUUUAGGCGCUUGCAGUGCCCUCGCUUUGCGAGUUGCUUUGCAGACAUUCAGAAGAAAAGACCCAUUAAAGCAAAGUUUUUCUCGAAGAAAAUUGUGAAAAAUCGCAGCAAUUGGAUUGGAAUAGUUUUGUAUAUUUCACAUUAUCGAUGAAGAAAAUUGAAGGGAGCCGGCAAAACAACAGUGAAAGGGGAAAAAACAGAACAAGACAUUAGCUUGUACUUGAACUUUUUAUUGGAGCUAAGCUUAUCAAGCCAUAUGUUUCUGUUUUUAUUCAAACUGGUCAUUUUACUCAAAAUCGUUCAUUUUUAUUUGUAUGUUCAGAAAAAAGUUAAUAUUACUUGUAAUUCCUGGAUUACUUCAUAUCCUUACCCUCAUUAAUUUUUAUCAAGCAUUUUUUAAUACUAUUAUAAGCAUAAGUUACUUCGUUUUCUUUGUAAUUUCACGGUGUGUAGAGGCAUAUUUUGGCAUUUUAGGAUUCUGGAAAGAUCUGAAAUAAAAGGCUGGCAAGAUGAUGAAUGCCUCAGUAUGUAUAUAAUAACAACAAUACCACAUGGAAAGUGCCUUGAGCGAUAUUUACGCACUUGUUGUUUUUUAUAUUAGAAGUCUCACUGGUUCGCUGUGCUCAUUUGUUCAAUUUUUGAUACAUCAACAACUCAUGCGUAAAUACCAUACACACGCACUUUCCAUGAAGUGUUCUCUAUGUAUUACAUUGUUCCCAGUCUUGCGUGUAUUCUGACGAAACAACAUGGUGUGCGCAGUGGAAAAUACGGUAUGAAAACCUCUGGAAACGCAAUUUCCGAGACUCUAAAUUUCAAAAUGUACCCAGAUGCCUCCGCCUUAACAAACUUGUGCCUUUCGGUGCAAGUUCCAAAGCUGCCUACUAUUCAUUAUCAGACUGCUACUUAAAAACUUGUUGACAGCCCUGACUAAUGAAUGGUCCUUCGGAUAAUUAAAUGAGUUAAUUUUUGUUCCCUCAAAUCUCAGUGGUUUCCUCAGGAACUGUUCUAGGUUAUUUAAACUUUUAGUGUAAAUAUACACUAAAACAUAAUUUUCGUGUGUGGAUGUGUUCCAAAAUAGGGAAAGUCACAGGCUGUGACAAUUGCCAUUGUUACUUUCUGUAGCAUUUAUAACAAUGGAGCUACUGUAUGUGUACUGACCCAUUCAACCUGCAAUCUUUAACUUCCAUACUUGUGAAAAUAUAUGUAAUGGACCAAAAAUAUUUCUGGAAGAUGAGAAAAAUUUGCACUUUAUGUACCAGGGCUGAGUUGUUCAAAGCUGGGUUAAGAUACCCCAGGGUGAGUUCUAAAUUUGAAUUCAGAUAUGAAAGGUUAUAAAGCAAAUUCAGUUUAAUUCUUUUUGUCAACAAUUUGGUGAUUGGCUACUCUAAAAAGAAUAGAGAAAAUUGUCUAAGAAAAUGUUUCUGAUGAAAAGAAAAAGAGACCUGGGUUAAAAUUUAACCCUGGGUUUGCGCUAAUCGGCCUACGAACAACUGGGCCCAGACUUAUAGAGACAAUGAUCCACAUGUAGGAUCUCAAUACAAAAGGUUUCAUUGUGGUGCAUAUUAUUCACAGUUAAUGUAUUUGAAAAAGGGUUCUUAUUUUAAGAAAUAUUUUUAUCUUUUCCAAACCAACCCCUUUAAUUGUCACUUGUCAUCAGGGGUAAAAAAAAAUUUCAUGUCUGGUUGUAAUUGAGGACACGUGGGUUUUCUUGCUCGGAAAGUAACUUUAAGAAAACUGUAAACUUCAGAAAUUUGUUAGAAAAUGAGUCAUUAUUUUAGUAUGGAUGAAUCAUCUCUCUAAUCAAUUUUGUAAAUAAUUUUUAAUAGUUAUUGUAUGUGUGAUAACUUUAUUUUAAUUGUAAAGACAGUAGCUUUUAUAUUGUCUUAAUAAUUUUUGUCACUAUAUUUUUUACUUACGUUGGCAUACCUGUGAAUUAGCUGGUAAACUGAUGGGUGAGGGUCCAGGCAGUCGUCUUUUAACUAGUCAUUAACUAAGACAAGCAUGCAAUGGUCUUGGGUGAGAAGGAAAAGCUGGAAUGAGUUUGUUUUAAAGCCAGAAGGGACUCCCACAUAAGGGUGAUAGGCGGCGAUGCUUGUUGGAAAAUUAAAAUUAAACCCCUAAGGGAGACCAAUGUGUGCGCUGAAGGAGACCAUUCUAAAACAGAUUUCAUGGCAUUUUCUCAAAACUUCUUUAAGUAUAGCCAUAAGCAAUACCUGAAUGGGCAUAUAUAUGGUGACUUUCUGUCCCAAAUACCCUAAAUAAGUGAGACCAAAAUCUGCAAUUUACACCCCUAAGUGUGAUGAGCAUCCCUGUCACUUUUAUAUGGGAGUCUCCCCAGGUUUUUGAGCUCUGAGCACGUGGAGAUUUUUGUAGAGACAACUAGAACCUAUUUCACCGAGAAAAAAACUUUUUUCUUAUAAUGGGUCAUGGGUUGUCUUUUAUUUGAACAAGUUAUAGUUAGACAAAAUUUACAAUACUAGAAGUGUGAUUUGACUUUGUUAUGUAUAUAAGGUCCCUUCACUCACUUCUGUUUAUGAUCCAGACACAUUGAAAUGUUAAUUCACACCUGUUCUAACAUUUCAAGAACAUUUAAUUCGUAAGCAAACUACAGUAAGAAAGGAAAAAAUUCUCAAAUUUAUUUUAUAUUCCCCACAGUAGUCCUGAGCAAAAGUCGUACUGACUUUAUGUGAUUAUUAAUAGUGAUCAGAAAAAAUCAUAGAAUUACAAAUUCUUAGAAUGAUGGAUGUGUCUUAUAGAGACUAACUAUAAUAUCUUCAGGUCAGGCUCUGUUGCCCAUGUAUUGUUGAUGUUUGCUUGGUGUCAGUUAUUUGCAUAUGUAUGGACUGUAUGUCUAGUGCUAGUUUAUGUAAUUUGAACUGAUCUUAAGUGGUUAUGUUCAGUUUGGUUUAUUUGCAAAUGGACCUGCAUAUCAUUACUUUAAAUUAUUUGUUGUUCAGUACUUAUAGUUACAAUGAAUAUGUUGCUACAAGUUAUUUGAAAAAAAAAAUUAAUAAUAACAGUCUUAAGUAUUCAAAGGCUUGUGAAUGAGUAAUAGUGAUUAAUGAUUAUAGUUUACCAAUACGUAUUUUUCAUUGUCCACCUUAACUUUGGAUUUGCUGGUGGUAACUGGUUAUGAGUUUAUUUAUCAAGUUACAAUAAAUUAUUAGCUCACCAGGUGUCUUAUAUAUCUACAGUCAUCCAUCUACCUGUGCGUUCCGCAUCUGAAUGCAUCCCUUUCUCUAUUACAAUCACGGCUUGAUAUCUUUUCCCCUCUAUUUACAAAAAUUUUGCAAUAUUUAGCUAAGUAAGUAGUGUGUGAUUGUAUAAUGAACUCCAUCUCAGGCUCAUUCAUGGUCAGCAGUUGUGGGAUGUUUGUUCUUCAACUCAUCGCACAUGCUUUCUCUCUUGUCCAGUUACUUGCACAUGAGUUAUUUGAAUUAAUUUUACUGUAUUAAAAUUCAAAUUUUUCUUCAAAUGCCACCAAAGAAAAAAGUUAUGUGCCUGGAGGGGCAAACACAACUGUCAUUUGCGAGGCAAUGUCUAGAACAAGAAGGACAAGAAUCAGCAACUCCAAUUGAAAAAAGAUGAUGCAAUUACAACCCAGGCUAAAUCCAAGGAAAGAAAGGCUGAAAAAGUAUUCAUGGCUGGUUUACGAGAAAAAUGGCAAUUACAGCUGUACAUGUACUGCCGAGUCUGUGCAGAGACUAGGAAAUCUAACAGAGUGAGCAAGUAAGCCCAGUGCCGAAAUUUAAAAAAAACACACACUCUCUUGACAAGUUGGUUUCCAUGAACACAAGAUAGCCCUCCAAGGCCCUGAAGCUUGAAGAAAAGGUGAAACAAACAGAAUUUACAGCCAUACUGGUGCUUUUCAAGUGCAUUAAUGGCUAUUUAUGGAGAUCAACCUGCUGGUAAAAUUCAAAUCGCUACUGGAACUUCUUCGUGAUUCGUGGCUUGACAACAUAGCUAAUCAGAGUAAAACUGGGUCCUGAAAGAGCUGAAUUCAAUUUUGAUUGUGCACUGGUAAAAUAGGGCAAAGGGAGGGACAGGUGGAUCUUUGAGCUCCAAUUUACGAAAUAGAAUUUUGAAAUUGCUCUCUGUAUAAAGUUAUUCAUGAUUUUGUUUGUAAGUCAGAGACUGAAAGUAACAAUAUGACAAUAAAACCUCUUUUGAUAUUUACGUGUUACUCUUAAGUUCUACUCAUACACUGAUGGGUGUAGGACUGUGUGGGACUCAAACUCCUGAAUAUGGGACUCACACUUAUGUCUGAGGGACUCACAGGGUUUUGGCUGUGUGAAUCCCUAAACUCACUGCCGCCUGUUUCUAGAUGGAUCACUGUAUCUAGCCGAUUUUUUGAGAAUGAAACCACCAAAACUGGCAUACAUUUGAGUGAAAAAGGGCCAAACGGCAUACAAUACAAUACAAUACAAAUUUUAUUGUCAACUCCCCAUGGGGGCUUUUCAGAGACAAAUAUUAAUAGUACAGGUAAUCAAAAAAACCAAAAAAUACUCAAGAAUUGUCAAUAAACAAUUAUUAAGAAACUAUUUGCAUAUAGAAUUUAUGACAUCACAAAUUGAUUAUCAAUAAACUAUUAAGAAACUAUUUACGUAUAAAUUUAUGACAUUAAAAAUUGAUUUAAAAGGAAGGCUUUCAUUUUACGUUUGAAAAUUUUAAGAGAUUCACUUAAUUUAAAAUGGGGUUUUAACGCAUUCCACAAUGUUACAGUUCUGUAAUAAAAAGAUCUCUGUCCUGACUUGGUUUUAAAAAGCGGUAUAUUAAGCUGGGAAGAUGAUCUGGUCUUCCGACCACUGAUAUUCCCUCUGGAGAUAAGCAUGUUUUUAUGAACCUGAUAAGCUUGAAAAUCACACUAGCAAAGGAAAGAGAAAGGAGAUAAAGAAAGAGUGAGGAGGAAGAAAGCUGGAGAGGAGAAAAAAAACAAUGUUUGCACUCUUAAAUUAAAACUGAUGACUUUUUAUUAAAUGAAUCAAGUUUUGCAAUACUUCUUUAACAUAACAAUGUGUAUGGUGAGUAUGGUGUAUUUUUAUGAAAUCCUGAGAAAUAUUGUCAUGCAAAAUUUUCAUCAAACAGUUUUCAUUGAAAAAUUGGAGUGUUAAAAUAGUCUGACCAUGAACAUCAUUGGUCUCGGAGGGAAGGGGUUUAUUGUAGUCUUCACGAUUGCCUUUCUCAAUACCGUCUUCUCUUUCUCUCAGUGCAUUCUUGCAGACAAAAAGAACAAGUUUCUCUACCGCUCAACGGAUUUGGCCAACUUUACAGGCAAGCAAGUGCAAUUUGUGCCAUCUUUUAUCACGUUUCAUCCCCGGGAUCGCAAUUAUGCCAUGGCAUAUGAUAGCUCUAGUGAAAAGGUAUGCCUGACCAGAUUGUAUAUGUCAUCUCUGUUUUACUGUGAGUCAUUUUUUAUACAGUCCAACCUCCUUGUGCAAACACCUGCCCAUAGAACCAAUUUUUUUGUGUUUUUGAAUCUGAGUCUCGUAAACAACCACAUCUAGUAAAUGACUGACCAUCUUUUGGAAUGGUUCAUUACCUGCUAUAAGUGUGAUCUGUUCUGUAUUUAAAAAAAUGCUGCUUGUAGUAUUCACAUCUUAGAGCAUACUGGCUCUACAUGCAUUGUAACUGCAAGAAUGAAUGCACGAGAGAUAAUUACCUUGAAACAUAGUAAGUGCAUCAGAACUUUUGUUAGAAGAGAUUCCUGCUUCCCUCCUGAUUUUGCAUGGUCAAAAUUUAAGAAAAGGUCCAGAUGCUACAUGUGUAUUUUUGAGAAUGUCUAAAACUGAAAACAAAUUGCAUUAAACAGUCCUCCAAAGAGUUUCAUAUGGAUUGUCAGGAUUUACAUUGACAAGUUUUUUUUAAAGUUGUAAAUAUAAUUUUUGUUGGUGUGGUUCAUCUUUAAGUUAGGCUUAAACUUUCCAACCAGUUAAAGUUUGAUGAUCCUUUGUUUCAGAUGCCAAUGGCAUUCUGAGAGAAAGAGAGAGAGAAAAUUUAAAAAAUCAAUCUAUUUGGAAAUUUUCAAACCAAAGAAAAAUUUUAACUACAAGGUAUACAUGUGUUAGCUUAUAGCUGUGUGCACAAAAAUGUACACCAACAGUGGAAGUUUGUAGGUUAGGCUAUUUUGUUCAUUAAGCUGUAAAUGAAAGCUACAACUGGUGCUAACUGUUUGUUUUGCUUAAUAGCUUUACUGGUCAAGUGAUGCGGGUGAAAGUUUUAAAUCAGUAAAGGGAAAAAUCAAGUCAUUUCACUGGUGAGUAUGACGAGUAAAAAACUAAUAAGAUUCCAUAGUGGUUUUGCAUGACUAUAACAGCUUAACAGCAUGUCACUCUGCUGUUUGGUAAAAACACUGCAAUUUAGUCUUUGUCUUAGGCCAUUGGCUAAGUAUACCUUAUAUAAGGGUUUCGUUUAUCGUUUGUCUUGGGAUUGUCGCUUAGAUAUUGAUUACCAUGUUUCAACAGCGUACUAAUGAGUAUGCUGCAGGUCUUCAUCAGGCGAUAAGGUCGAUUUACUGAGUAGGAUAAUUUGUACCACCAUGGUUGUUAGGGAUUGGUGAAUUGCAAACCUUGUUCAUGGUUAUUGGUUUUUGCUCCCCAGGGAGUUAACAUGUAGGUCCUUAGGAAGAUCAAAUCCAAGAUGCACAGCAUUUGAGACCACACAGACCUUCAUUGUUUGUUAAUUUUAGUAGUCUUGUUAGAAGUUUGUGAUUUUGCAUAAUGCGUAUUCCCCAGAAUAGUCUGUUUGAAGUCAGAUAAAUGUAGAAUUGCAUAGCCGGAAAAUACACCUAAAAAUUGGCGAUGUUUUUGUCUACCAUAAUAUAUUAUUGGAUUGCAAUUUUUUGGUAAUUAUUUCAAACCUACACUGAACAACUAUUUGUUUCCCCUAACCUUUAGGUUUUCAUUGGAAUUGUCUCUAUAAGAAGGCCUACUUUGAUUGAUUAGUCAUUAACAGUACUUGUUUCAAUCUUCAGUUUGAAAAAGAAAACCUUGUCACUUUGGCUAUAAAAAGGUGAAAAGUGACAGGGAUUAGUGCUAUUGGAUUCAUAUUAAGAGUAGUGAUCACCGACCAUUGAUUUCCGAUUAUAAAUUACUAAGUUAUUUCUUAAAUUAAUCUAUUUUAGGGGCGUUAAAGACAUCCACAGGUCAGACACAGUAUUUGUUGAACAGUAUCAGCCAGAUCGAGGUGAGAAGGAAGACUAAUAUUAUUGUGCAAAAAACAAGUGUUAGCUGUUGAAACUAUGGGGCUGGGUUAAAUUCAUUUACAUUCAACCCUUCAAGCAGGAGUAUCUUCCAUGCAGGCUGAAAUUUGUCAAGCCAUUUCCCUAUAUUUGAUCUCUUACAGCUGUAAGUGAUAGACAGAUCCCCUCUUGUUAGCAUCUUUGCAUUUUUUUCUGUAUGGGGAGGGCAUGCAGUCAUUAUUUUAACAUUUUUUAUUGUAUUAGGGUGGCUAGAUUGGAUUUUUGGUGGAUAACACCCUCCGAGAUCUCCAUAAUUCUUUAUAUGAUACGAAAGCCGAAUUCAAUAAUUGUUUUGUCAUUCAUUCAUAAUAAUUCCUAGUCUAAAAACGUGGCUAAAGUAUGCUUACCUCCAUCGAUCCAUCGAUGUUAAGUUCAUCUUCGAUAGUGCACGUUUAGGUUUGUCCAACUCCGCAAAUAUUCUCCAAAUAGCAGAUGUCACCCUUGGAGUUGUCUUGUUGCUGACUUGAAACGAGUGAAAUGUCCGCCAUUUUUCAAGUUCACAAUCAAAACAACUCAACCUCGUGCCCAGGUCUUCUCCGUUAACAGUGCCUUAACCUGCGAAAACGCUGCAUUUUUGACGUCAUUUCCUUGUUAAACACAAAAUUCUUCCAAAUUUGGUCAUCAGUAACUGGUUAUGGUGAAUUAAACGAGUGCUUUUAGCCAAUCAGAAUCGGGAAAAUAUUUUGAGUGAAUAAUAAACUAUAUUAUAUAGAUCAGCAUUAAACUCAUCGCUAAUGAUGAGCUUGGGAGCAGGUGCCUUAAAGGUUAGUGGGGGGCCAAAUGCAAUAAGCAGAGAGGAGGUAUCCAUGGUAACCCUGGAAGUAGGAACCACCCCAAGAGCAGCCACUAACCGGCACCGUCACAUUGAAUAAAUUCAGUGGAGAUACUUACCUAAGAGAAUACUUACCUGAGAAAAUACUUACCAAACCACCAGGCAGGGAGGGAGGAGAGGGAGCAAGAAUCCGCAAUGAUUCGCUGCCACUAACCGGCACCGUCACAUUGAAUAAAUUCAGUGGAGAUACUUUCCUAAGAGAAUACUUACCUGAGAAAAUACUUACCAAACCACCAGGCAGGGAGGGAGGAGAGGGAGCAAGAAUCCGCAAUGAUUUGCCAGAAGGCAAACAUUGAUCCGCUAUGAUCAGCAAGAAUCUGUAAUGAUUCGCAAGAAGGCUAAAAAUGAUCCGCUACGAUCAGCAAGCAAAGCUACAAUGCAAAGCAACACUAGUAAAAGGGCACACAAGGAGCCCUGCAAUUCCCCGCGGGCCGCCCCGUAGGUCACAUACUGAAGUGGGAGAAGACUGCUGGCCAACUCGCUUGAGUUUAACUUUGCCUAAAUGAUAUUUAGCCACAUUUAAUUAGUAUGUCAGAAAUACUCCUGGUAAUGACAAGUGCAAAGGGAAGUAAAAAACGUAAUGACAUGAUCACUAUGUGCCAUGGUAACUCCGAUGUCAAAGAAACAUAGAGUAAAACAAAUUUUCAUCUUUUUUAUAAAACACCUGUGGUAAAAUGUUUCUGAUAUAUUUAAUUCCUAAUGUAGUAAAUGCUCAAACUUAGAUGGUAUCCUCUGAAAAAUCCAGUCAAGCCACUUUAAAUCUCCUGUAACAGUCCACUUAACACUUGGUCUGAUUUUGGUGCCAAUUUGAUUAAGUGCAACUCCGGACAACCAAUCAUAAGAUGACAAGUUUUGCUUUUUCUUCCAUUUUUAAAAUUUGUAUAUCUGAUAUCUACAGUUGGUUGUAUUUUUUGGCAUGUCAUAGUUUAGGUGACACUGCUUAAAGUAAGCCAUUUCCAAAUUUCAGAAACCCUUGCCUUCAAAGGGAGGUCAAGUGCAAAACCUUUCUCUUGAAAAUGAGUUUGAUUUGUAGGUCGGAGAAUAAAAGUCAUUUCAGUCAGGAGCCCAUAACCUGGAGUAAGCAAAUCCCAUACUAGGGUUAUGUCCUAGUGUUUUCAUGGACCGGUAUAUUUUUAGAUACAUUUUAGGGCACUUUUUCCUGCGAAAAUGGAAGCUCUGCUCCAUUCAUUACCUCAUUAUAAAAUAAGAUGUGACUGGGGAAAACUCAACGUCAUGAAAGGGUCAAAAUGCCAUUGUCACGGGGUUUUAGUUUUACUGACUGGUUUGUGGAACUUGAAAUUAACAACUGCGUCGUUGAGUGGAGGUGGGUGCCCGGGAUGUCCAGGAGCUUCCACCUUUGGCACAGCCAGCCCCUAGACAGAGUUACGCCCCCAUGGCGGGCAAACCCGCACCCUCCAGCCAUGAGCCCCCAUGCCAAUGGAACCAGGCACCCAUCACCCUGAUUUAACGGUGGAAGAAUUAAGGGGGGAGAGAUGGGGAUAAAAGAAUGAUCCAAAGGCUAAAGGAAGAGAAUGGCUGCCACGAAAACGCUGUACUGAGCACAUGGAGGUGAUGCAAGCAAGGCUGACCACGCUUGAGCCAAACGACUGACUGCUUACCAAGCCCGUGCUCCUUGUUGUUAACUGUGUCAAAUAAAUAUUUAUUGAACCUCAUGAUAUUCUAAAUUUGUGCCAAAAUCGUUCUACAAAUAAACUGGUCAGUCUACAAAAAUUGCUCGCUCCAUGGUAUGGGCUCCCUUUUCAAUCAGUUGAAGGCUUCACUUUGCUUUGUUUUGAAAUAGAGGCCCAAGGAAACUUUGAAAUGGCUUAUUGCACACUGUAUGUAUCCCGACAGAGAACCCACAUGGUCCAACUCUUGUACAUGUAAGACACCACCAAACCUUGACAUAUUCAUUGACUGCUUACGGGAGGAUCGACUCUAUUAUAUCAACUAGUUUGCAUCCAGCUAAAUGACAUUGAUUUUUCCUAGAUUCAACAAAAAAUAACAAAACAACAAUUUACAAGCUAGUUGAUGGAGAUCCCACAAUGACCUUAAUUGCCAGUGUAGAGGAAUUUGAAGUAAUGAAAAACUACAUGUUCAUUACCACACGCAAGGUCAGUGAUUAUGAUGUUAUCAUUAGUAUCCUGAGAAGCAGAUGUUAUCAAAGUGUGUCAAGUCAAAAGGCUUGAUGUGAAAGGGUCUUGAUAUUCACAUUCCAGUGAUAGUAAUGUGUAUAGUUUUACAAUGUAUGAUAACUUAGUUAAUACUUUGCAACAUUACGGCAGAAAGCUAACUAGAUUUUUCUUCCACAGAAACCGUCAGAUAAAAACCCAAUUCUGAAGGUUGCUAAAAUAACCAAUGGUGAGGAGAUCCUCUUCAAAACAGCACAGUUUCCAGUGAAUGAAGAAAGCAGGGUAAGAGAAUUUUAAAAUGUAGACAGUGUCUCAUAAACACAGUUUCUAGCUUUAUUAGAGUGGUUUUCGUUUGAGUGUCGUAAAACCAAAACCAAAGUAAUUACUCUGGCCAAUCACAUAGGACACAGACAAUACAUUGAACCAAUCAAAACUCGAAGUAAUUACAUGUGGCUGACGCAAUGAGCGCGUCACAAUUGGCUUUGGUUUUACUUCUGAUUGGAUGAAAAGGUGGCGCGAAUCUUUUAAGCCAAUCGCAUCGUGUAGAAAAUGCAAAACCAAUUACUUUUCGACACUCAAAUGAAAACCGCUCUAGUAUAGGUAUUAGUAUGAUAAGUAGUGAUAUUUGGCAUAAGUACCACCAGUUGUAUUUCAAAAUUGUUAUAUGUAAUUUCAUGAGCCGUUAGGCGAGUGAAAUUUGUGACAAUUUUAAAAUAUCAUGAGUGGUAUUUUUGCCAAAUAUCACAUACAAAUCUUACUAUUAUUUGUUUAUACUACUACCUGCCAAAGUUUUGUAAUUUUAACAUGUAGGUAUUUCAAAUUAAGCUGAAAUACCACUGCUCUGAGCCAAUCAAAUUGCAGAAAUUUCUCAUGUAGUAGUUUAAGAAGGCUAAAUACAGCUUGUCAACAUGUGUAAUUUCCCAUUAGAAAAACAUGUCUAAUAUUGAACAUUGCAAUUUGGAUUCAAGAUUCCCUUAGAUUGGCAAUGGGUUUGCAAUGGUUUGUAAAUAAGAAUUUACCAGCUUAAGCAUAAACUACAUUGACCAAAGACUAGCUUGGAACCAGUUGCCUACAGUUAAGACAGGUCAGUUAAGACAGUGGUUUGUGUUCGCCAGCAAAGAUACAUUGAAACAGUAAAUGUGUGACACAAGUAAUGUGUGUAUGCAGUCAUGCACAAAGUCCUAUCAUUCAAUCGAAUAUUCAAUCCGUGUUCAAUGACCAAAGGCCGUUGAUAUGAAAUAGCAGGGUUUUCUUUAAGGCUUUAAGUAGCCAAAGGUUUUGGAAAAUUAGGCAGUUGUAGGUCUGGAGGACCCAUCCAAUGGGCUUUCAUCGUUUCUAGGGGGGUCCGGGGGCAUGCAUCCCCAGAAAAUUUUUGAAAGUAAAACGCUGGAAAACACAUUUCCUGGCAUUUUUGGGCCUUGAAACUCUGACAUUAGAGGGAUGAAUUAAGCUGCAAUUAUACUGUGAAAAUCAUGUUACUCAAAGAAAGACAAAGCAACAUUUCAAUAAUAGACGUAUAAACAAAUAGAGGAAUGAUAUUUGGGUAGGCAAAUACUUGAAGGACCGGACCAGCUAACAGGGAUAAACUCUGCUCAGUAAUUGGAAGUAGCCUAACAGUCCAAAGGUGUAGUUUCUCCCAGAACUUAAGAAGACAUCAAGAAAAACGUGACUUCUUUCGGGGACAGAGCAACUUUAUUUAUUUUUGAAAUUAACCUCAUGGAUACUUUGGACUCAGGUGUUUCUGUCACACUCUGGUAACCCGAUAACCUCAAUGAUUAUCGUUGAGGUGAUCAAAAGCUAGGUACUUAAGGUUAGAAAACCCUUCAUUGUUUGAAAAAACUUUUUUAGUUUACUUAGAUGAAACCUUAAAUAAAUAAAAAGAAAACAUUUAGCCACAUAGCUGUCUGAGAACUUGUUAACAGGCAUAAAUCAGGUUACAUUUGGUUGCAUCUUACAUAAUCCUAUGUUACCCGCGUAGUCGCAUACGAAAAUUCCUUUUUCCCAGUUUCCUGCUCGCACUAAUAUUUAUUAUGCACUCAUAUCUAGAAAUCCAAUAUGGCGGAAAACUAACAAACAAAUUAUAUUCGUACUUUCUUGCCAUCGCAGGGAGACUUUUUCAAAAAGACAGUCUCAAGCAUAACAUUUUAAAAUGUUUUCACUGUUCUUGAGUCAGAAGUCUUUUAUAUGUUUUCAGAAAAUAUAGGUAAUGCAGAUUUAUACUUUUAUUGAGUCUAAGUUUAGACCUGAUACAACCUCAUCUCCUCGACAUAUCUUGACUGCCAGCUCUUAUAUACAACCCGGCUGAAAUAGAAAAAUUACCACUGGGGUUUAAAGCUUAUUGAAGCUUUCGGAUGACAAGUAAUGUAACAUGCUUGGAAAUGUAUAAAAAUAUAAACACCAUGCACCUUUUGCACUGUAGUGAAACGUGAAUAAACUGAAUUGACAUCAAUUUCUAGACUUUGCUAGCACUUCAUGUAUCUUACUGUAUCUUACUUACCGUGUAGGUGCAUUCACGUGAUUAACCUGACAUCAGAUAGACCUAAAACUCAACACCAGGGCCUUUGCGGCUACAUACCAUGCAUGCAUCCAAGAAUGUGGAGAGAAUUGCGAAAAAGUUAGAGUGCUGCUGACCUAGAUUAGGUGGCGGGCAACGAAGGAGCCUGCAAUAAGAAAAACAUGUCAAUUUACAUAAUAAAGCAGGCAGUUUAUAUCAGCUCCAGCCUCAAUUCCAUCCAUAACUGUAAAAUGGGCUAUUGGGUAAACAUUAAUGUUAAUUUGAAUACACUCAUUACAGUUCACAUUUCCCUUCAAUGUGACCUUUUUUUCUCCUUGAUCUUUUCACAGGAUUUUUUUGUCUUUGAUGUGGUUGAUGAUUAUGUCUUCAUCGUGAUAAAUCACCUGAAGAAUCUCUCCAGUUUGUACAUUUCUGAUACAAUGGGUUUAAAGUAUCAACUUUCCCUGCCAAGGGUAUUGUAUCAUAACCCUUACACAGAUGUGUCAUCUCCAUGGCUCAGGUGAUAAAUCACAACUUUAUGUGUGAAUUAAGCGUAGCAUUAAGUUCUUUUUAUUUUAUGUAGCAGUGUCAUUUGCUCACGCACCAGAACUUUGACUUUUUUUUACCGUGAAAAUGCACCAACCUGUAGAAAGAAGGAAGUUUACAAAAGGAAAUGUAUUUUCAAUUAACCACUUUGCAUAACAGGUUAUUUUGUGGUAAAGAUUUCAGCCAAUCAUAACAGUUGCUAACAAUAAUAAUAUUGCAAUUAUUGCAAUAUUAUUAUUGUUAGCAGUUGCUAACAAUAAUAAUAUUGCAAUUAUUGCAAGAGAAGUUUACAAUAAUGUGACAUUCCUUUGUAGGAUUUCUAUUUAGUUAGUCUGGAAGGCAAGUUAGAAGAGCAUUUUCUGAAAUAUUAACACUUUAGAUGGAAAAUCAUACAGAGUGCAUAGUUACAGUAUUCUUGUAUUAAAAACAAUGUAGUUUUGUAUAACUAUCCUCUCCCUUCAAGAGGCUUUUCUGAGGUAAUGAAACAGAGUUAAUCUUGCUGAAUGAAGCCGACCAGUUAGCUAUUUAAAGGCACGACAAGGAGUUGAACUCAGGGCUACCGUGAACAAAUCCAGUCAGUGAUCUAGGGGUGGCGAAUGGUAAAAUCCGAGACUCGCCGAGACGCCGAGAUCCUAGUUAGAAAUCCGAGCCCGAGACUCUUUGGUGAAACGUUUCAAGACUCAAAAAAAGUAAGAACAAACCAUAAAAAACGAGACUUUAAGACUUAACAAAAGCGCUUCUGAGAUUUCGAGAUCCUGCCAAAAUUUUCUGAGACCCACGUUUUUCGAGGUACCAUUUGCCACCCCUUGAUCUGCAGGGCGGGACUUGAACUCGGGACUACCUGAUUGCAAGUCUAGUGCUCUAACCACCCAACCACUCUAACAGUUUCAUAGUACAUGUAUGUAUGAUAUCCAGUGAAUUGAUUACUGGUACUUGUCACCCUGUAGUUAAGAAAUGUUUUUUAAUCAUAAAGAAAUUUACAUCCACUGAUGGAAUAACUUUACUGAUAUGACCAAAUAUUUUAUGGCCCAACCUUUAGGUCUUAUUUGCAGAGUUCCAUGAAAAUUCUGAUCUGUUUUUUUAUUGUUGGCAGAACGGUAAUACCCUAUGCAUUUGUGGAUGUGGAUAAAAUAAAAGGAAUGCGUGGUAUUUACGUUGCUACUCAGUUAACUCCUGGACCUGUGGGAAAGAGACAUCUUUUGACGUUGAUCACCUAUAACAGGGGAGAAAAAUGGCAGCGGGUUCGCUCACCAACAGUAGACAACCGUGGAGUUAGAAUUAACUGUUAUUUGGUGGGUGCCAUGUCUCGGUUCAUAACAACUGAACAUUUUCCUGCUUUAUUAGUUUCCCAAAAAAUUUCUGUACUGUUUUGACUUGUAUUAAUUGUCAAUAGAGUAAAGAAAAGACACCCUAAAAAUUCAGACGAGAUAAGAGUAGCUUUCCCUAAUGGUGGAAGCUUAAUCCCUCUGUUCAACUAUUUUAAUUUUACACUGCAUACUCGUAUUUUGGUGCUAAGUGGUUCAGAAAUUGUUCAUAGGGAUUUUUAGUACAUUUCUAGGUGACUUGUAAUGUUUGUGUCAUUAGUCUUUAGCUCCUAAAUGCUUUCAUUAUCACCUUUCUUAUCUCCUCUAUUUGAAGCUCUGAAAUGCAUGCAUCUGUUAUGAGAUGUUGUAUUCUUAUGGUAACAAUACAUUCUACUUGAAUUACAUUCAUCUGAUGUUUGCAAUUGUGUGACAAAAAACCGGUUUUUUUCUCUGCAGCCAAGCUGCUCCAUUCAUUUAAAUCUUCUGUAUGGUGCUGUGUAUCGUGUUUCUCCAUCCGAGCGACUGUUUUCCAGUGAGUCUGCUCCAGGACUGGUACUUGCCUUAGGUGAGUUAUCAAUGGCACUGGCUUUAUCUGAUUUCAUCUCCAUCUACUAUGUCCCUUUCCCUCUUCAUAAUGCAAUGAAUUCUAUUCUCCUUUUCAGGCGUGGCAAGCACCAAUCUUAAGAUAUAUCCUGAUGUCUUUAUGUCUUUGGAUGGUGGUCUAGGAUGGAGUCGGGUGAGUGUUAACUUGCAUAGGUUUUGGCAGGGACUGGAGAAAUAUAGCCAUAUUUUCAUUUUGUUAAAUUUUGAAAACAAAUAUUUCUAUAAUGUGAAAGUAUUGGCAAAGAAUUUUCAUUGAAUGGUCAAUUGCCAGCAGAGUUUUGUCCACAGGUUCAAAAGUUAGAACCACCUUACAAUCAAGGCCGUUGCUGUAAGAUACCAAGUUACUGGUUACAGGCAAUUAGUAGGCAAAGAAUUGAACAGCUAGGAAGUUCUUUUGUGUCUAUCUUCCUUUUGUUUCCUGUGAAAGUAGCUGGACAGGGGCGUAGCCAGGAUUUUUCAAAGGGGGGGUCACAGAGGCUACUCACCAGAUUGUAAUCUCGACCUCCACGCCCAUAUUAACUAAAGACAAGAGCCGUUGACGAAAAUACUUCACAAAAAAAAAAAAUUUAAAAAAGUGGGCUUUUCAACAAUGGCUUUUACGGCCAAGAUAUUGUCAUGGCGUUUUCGCUACCUGAAUAUUGUAGGUUGUUUGCUCAAAAGAAGGCCUACCAAGGGGGGGUCACGGGCACUCCAGGACCCCCCCCCCCCCUAGCUACGCCCCUGCUGGGGCCCAUGCUAAUAGUAGCCAGGGCAAAUCCCUAGUCCCUCCGCCCUUAAUGAUAUCCUCACAAAUAAUCCUUCGUCUUUCACUCUGGAAAUGAAAGGGUUACAGGAGCAACCUUUUUGGCAUUUUCACAGGUCCUCAGAGGGAAGUAUCGGUUUACUUUUGGUGAUCAUGGUGGAGUAGUAGUUGCUGUGCCUUAUAGACGUUACACAAGGACAUUAAGGUAAGAGCUAGAUAUUAUCUGGACUCCUGCCGUUGAAAUUUGCAUUGUUAAUGUGUUGAUCUACAGUGGAACCUCUAUUCAGGGGGUGACCAAGGAAAGUAAUUUAUAAUUUAUUAAUUUAGUUAGCUUCGCCUAACUAGAAUACAAUCUUUAUGAAAACAUAGAAAUUAUUAGGUAGGGAGACCACUACAGCCUAACCAAUUACAGUGGAUCCCUUGUUUAUUAAAAAAAAAUUGUUAAAAAAAAGAAUUGAUAACUAAAGCUACUGAAAAAAAGAAAAAUCGAAAGGAAACAAAACGGAAGUUCAGAUUGCUAGAAGCAGAAACGUGAAUUUUGCCAAGACAAGUGGACAAGACUAGUGGACAAGUGCCCCAUGAGUGGAGGAUGGGCUGAGGUUUGGUAAUAAUUAAUCAAGAAAUGAAGUAUUUUCAAUAAAGCCAAAAAAGCCAUCUGCUCUUGCUGGCUACAGAAUCUGCUGCAGUCAUUAUUUAAAGCAGUUAGAUAAUGUAUAAAAAAAAAGUUCUGCGAUGUUGUUUGUUGAAUUCCGACAAGUGCAGUGUGUCAAUUUAAGUUAGUUAAUUGAUGUUUUGAAAGCUGUCACCACUGUGACUAGUGAAAAUUGUAUCAACGAUUUUUGUGGUCAGUCACUUUUUGAUUGGUAAGGUGUCUUCUGAAUGGAGGCUAAACCCAGGUUUUGGGACUCGGAAAAAAGUGUCCCUUUCCCCUGCAUAGAGGUGUGUGUACCUUCAAUAGAGGUGACAAGUACAAAGAUUACUUGAACAUUUUUCCAGAAGGCGGAGGUGUCCCUUGAACAGAGGUGUGACCAGGGUGCAAAGAAAGUCAGUUUUACAGCUUGCCAUUCGGGCAAGCUGUAGCUAGCAUGUACUAGCCCGAAAAAAAUUUGAUGAGCAGGAUUGAUUCCAGUUCCUCUGUUAUUCAAAUUCCUAAGAAAAUAUCGCUUGCCCAUCGUGCAAGUUAAAAACAGAUGUCACUAGUCCAAUAGCAAAAUCCUCUAGCCCUGGGCUAUCGGACACUACUUUCUUUGCAUGCUGGGUGUCCUAAACGAGAGGUUCCACUGUAUUGAUACUUAAGAAUUUUCAUGAUAGUCAAACAAAAAUGCGUUAUUUGGACAAACUAAUGAACAGGGAGGUAACCAUGGAAACCCCGCCACUAUAUUGGCACCACCACUUGUAUCGACUUCCAAUGUUUAUCUUUCUAUAAAUACCAAAACAUAAAUAUUUAAAAAAAAUAGUAAUAAUAAUUUUUUUGGAAAUAUACCCUUUCACACUGUGGUUUCUCAGUGAAGAAACCAUGACUUAGCAUAGACCUUCACUUUCAAAAUUCAAAGGCCUCCAUUGAAGUUUUGAUACCAAAGGGUGGUCAUUUCUUCUAAGAGUAAAUUUGUUCAGAGCUGCAAGCUGUUUAUGAUGCAAUAUUUUUCUUCUUCUUGGAGCAAAUUGUAAGGUGAAUGUCAUACUUCUAUGUACUUUUACUUUUAUGGGGGGACAGUGGAGGGAGGCAGAGUAAUAUGGCAAUUUUGUACCCAUGCUACAGGUAGUGGAAAACAGCUGUCCAAGUUCAGUCUGAUCCUGUGUAAUUUGUGCACCCCUGGGUCGAUAUAUAGGUCGACAUCUCGACCGAGAUAUGUCGAUCGACCAAUUUAUCGGUCACAUGUUGGUUGGCAUAUUGACCAACAUAUUGGACGAGUAGUUCGACAAUCUGACACUUCACUGAUACUAGGGUACUUAGUGGACUGUAGCCUGCAUUGCAGACUUAAUUUAACCCAGGUUAGUAACGUCUGCUGAGCAGCGCAGAUAUCCCUGUUCUGCCCCCCGCUUCUCAGAGACUUCUUUAUAUAAAUUGCAACAUCUGUGUACAGACGAAAUUGGUGGAGUUUAUUUCGGCCAAGUAUAAUGAUCUAAUGGCUUUCAAAGUCAAUUUAACAGCUUGCUGGAUUCGGGCAAGCAGUAGUUAGAAUGUACUAGCCCAAGAGUCAUUUUAACUCGCUCCCAAAAAACAUUGAUGGGCAGGAUUGGUAGCAGUUCUUCCGUAAUUUGAAUUCCACAAAAUACUUCACUUGCCCGUCAGGCAAGUUAAGAACAGAAUUGACUAACCCGAUAGCAAAAUCCACCAGGCGCGGGCUAUCAGACACGACUUUCUUUGCAACUAGUGCCUAAGCAAAGGCUCAAACCAUCUACAACAAUGAUGAAAAUCGUGGCAUUUCUUAGCUGUUUGGUAUUCGACGAGCUUCAUUAUUUUAGAAACCAUCAAGAAACCUUGAAACCUUCGAGUCUUCCCUCUAUUAAAGCAACGUUUUGUGAGUCGAUAUUCAUUGUGCUUUAACAAUUUGUUUAUUUUACACCAGAUGUCUGAAGGAAAAACAGAAAAGUGAAUCUAUAUUAUGAGGAUCGACCCAGCUAUGCACAGCUUUUCUCAUUUUCAUUAAUGUGCAGCUAUACCCAAUUUUGCACAAAACAUCUCUUUUAAUCUAGGAUGAAAAGAGUAGAUUGCCAAUUACAGUUACACUGAAGCAUUGAAAAUAGCUCAUGCACGUAAAACGUGCCUAUGUUUUUUUGUGAUGUCAUCAUUUUUCUUCUCCAUGCAUGCAUGCCUUGCAAAAUAGAAGCAGUAAGUAUUUUUUUGUUAUUAUAACAGAUACACCAUAGAUGGAGGAGCAACAUGGAAACUGUUUGUCUUCAGUGAUUCCUUAAUCCUUGCCCAAGAUGUUGUCACUCAGCCUGGUGAAAGGCUGCCCAUUUUUCUUAUUUAUGGAACCUAUGGUCAAGGGAGACCCUGGAAAGUGUUCUAUAUUAACAUGACAGCAGUAUUAGGUAGGCUUAUUUAUUCUUUAUCUAAAUGUGUGAUGAUGAUUAUUGGCCAAGAAGUUGAAAACAUAAGCAACACUGUGACACAACAAACAGUUGGAAAAGCUUUCCAAAUCUUCCAUUUCUUGUUUUUCAACAAUUUUUGCUUACUUUACAGAAGUGUUGGUUAGUGGCAGUCUAAAUGAUAGUUUCAAAGAAUGCAUCCAUUCAUUUACGGGUUAUUGGCCAUUCUAAGGGUAACCAGAAAGUGCCAGCUACUGGCAAUAUGGUCAGCUACCUGCAAAGUUUUGCAGCUAAAUUUUGCUGUUAAAAAGAAAAAAAAAUGAAAAAGUUGUCGGAAUUCUACGGUAGUACAUGUCACCAUUGUAUUGUCUACUUUCUAACAUUCUCCUUCUACUUGAUUUUUUUUGUUGACAACCCCACUUUCUGUUUGUUGGCUUAGUGUUACCCAGUUGCCCAGUUGCCCAGUUGUCUAAUUCCUGUGGUACAGUGAAACCUAAGUAUAGUGAAGGCCCAAGGGACUGGUAUAAUUUGUUUGCUAUAAAGAGGUUUCGUUAUGGCGAGGUUCUUUUUCAUAUAAUUGAUAUUGUACUAUAUGUCUUUGUUAUACCAAGGACUUCGUUAUAUAGAGAUUCAUCAUAUCGAGCUUCCACUGUAUGUAACUUGCAUGAUUUCCUCUCUAGCUGGCAUCUCGAUUAAUGAUGUUGCAAUUUUCAGGUCCAGAAUGUGAUUCUACUGCCUACACCCAGUGGACCGAUGGGUGCCUCUUGGGUUGUCAGCAGCAGUUUGAGACAAAGAAUUGGACCAUACAUUGUCACAUGACACGAGACUACAAAAGGCCCAUAAAAGUAAAGAAUUGUGAAUGUACAAGGGAUGAUUUUCAAUGGUAAAUACGAGCUUUUAAAAAGCAGGAAUCAAUAUCUGGAUCAGACCACAAUGAAUCAACCCUGGGGUGCUCUGGCAGGGCGAGAAAAAGGAACAUUACUGAAGUCAUUACCAAAUUCAUCUGUGCCAAUCAGCAUUUUGCAUUGACUUUUCCAAUUUAGAGAUUCAAAUUCCUGAGAUAUGACUGUAAGCUCUCCUUUCUUUUUGUCCCACUACCGGAGCACCCUGGAAAGCUUGCUCACAGGAAAAGGGCGCCUUCCAUUUGUCAGAACUGACCAGCCAGACCAUUCCUGUCGUAAUGAGAAUUUCACUUUUAAUCAAAACUAUCCAGCAAGAUCAGUCAAAUCCUAAAUGGAGAUGGUUUUUCAGCAAAAACCCUUUCGAAAAAGCCAUUUUCAUUUGUAAACUGACUGGUCCGGCCAGCCAUUUCUGACAAAUGGGAAGCGCCCAAAGACGUGACAUUAUUUCUGCAGAUAAUAGUUGUUAAAGUGAUGUCAUUCAAUUUGGUUAUGUCAGGGCUAUAGUAUGUUAUUUGCCCCAGUGGAAGAAAAGCAACGCCUGACACAGACGCCUUUACUGAAGCUUUCCAUCCCUUCCUGCAUGAUCUUUUCAGCAUUAGCCAAACAACAUCAUAUGUGGUUGUGUUUUUAUCAACACGACAAACUGUCAUGUGCCAGCUUCAAAUCAGCUUUGCUAAAUAGGUUUCAUGUUCAACCACCCCUUUGAUUUUUAUGCAUGUAGUGUCACCUUUUUUUUAUUAUUACGUGUAUUUUCUUUAGUGAUUAUGGCUUUCAAAGAAAAAGAGUAGAUGAGGAGUGUACUCCAAUCAGGCUGGGUGAUGACUUGAACCACAACACUAUUCCACAGGACUGCCCUGAAGACUCCUUCUACAACAAGACUCGAGGGUAUGAUCGAUUGAAUAUUCAGUUUUUAUCAAUUUUGUAUUACAGAGUGGAGUGCUCAAUGUUUUUUCAGUGAUAAUUUCUGGUAAACGAUACUCACUUGUUCCUUUUAUUUGGAAAUUAACGUUCUAUAGCCUGCUCUUUAGCCGAUGCUUGUGUAGAAAGUGUUUACAGAGUGAAGUCAUAAUAGACCUUUUUACCGAUACGGCGGCCAUAUUGAAUUAAUUCGAUUUAAGGAGUAUUAUAGGAUGCCCAGGGGGCAUGAGCACAUUUCGUUUUUAUUUUCUAGCGCUUUUCGGGACAUUUUUUCUUAAAGUUUUCUUAGAAUAAAAUUUUAAUGGGAAAAAAGAUCCUUGUGCCGUGUUUGGGUGUAAUAAUGAUCUCCUUUUCCUAGUUUAGUAUAAGAUAUAUGGUCUUUCACUGUAUAUUUCUCGGGAAAAAGGCGAUCAUCAUUACAUCCUCAACACGGCACAAGGAUCUUUUUUCCUAUUAGAAUCUUAUUUCAGAAAACUUAAAGAAAAAAUGUCACGAAAAGCGCUCAAAAAUACAAACGAAAUGAGCUCAUGCCCCUUGGGCAUCCUAUAAUACUCCUUAAAUCGAAUUAAUUCAAUAUGGCCGCCAUAUCAGUAAAAAGGUCUGUUGAGAUGGCGCAAUUUGUACUAAAAAUAGCACGUUUGACUAUUCGUUUGAGCCAAUCCCAUAACUGGAGAAGAUAUCCAGCUAUGGUCUCCUAGCCCGAUUAUGGCUGCUGUUAAAAUAAAACACACAAAGCCUCUUUAGUGGGGAUACAUGAAUCCCAAGCCUGAAUUUUAUACGCCUUUGUUUUGCGUUAUUUUGUUAAGGAGAAAAGCAUGUCUCUGUUGGUAAUUUACUAUUGUAUUCACACUUAGUAAAGUUUUUGUUUCCAGUACAAUGUCAUUCUACCUUGUUGUCGCUAAUCACCAUUUCAACUGUCUCAUGUCACUGUUUACAGGCCAUUUAUUUACCCUAACUGGGACCUCACAUCUUCCCACUCAGCCUUUAGAGACCUUUAGAUUCUAACUUAAGACGCGGAUGAAUUUGAGUACGAGAUUCUGUCAAUACUAAGUAGUGCAUGUGUGUGAACCAAGGUCAUAUUUGGUGGGAAAAAGCGAUACUGGAUAGGCGUCGUCAUUCUACUGCAGGUUUUAGUGAUAAUUUCUUUGUGGGGGAAACAAGAUAUCAAUGUUAAAACUUUAAUUAAUCCUUUUGCGAUCAGGUGAGGGCUUAACCUCCUUCAAUAAAGGUGACUGUGAUGGUGAAAAAAAUAAAUACACACUUACUUCGACCAUCUUUAUAUUUUCGCUUUUGUUUAACUGUUGGCUGGAAGUUGUUUUAACGCUUUAAACCCCAAGAUCAAAAUUUGAAUUCUUAUUUGUUGCUCCUAUUCAUUUCCUACAGAAGUAGUAGGGAGAAGUUGAUAAAAUAUCAAGCAAAUUCAUCUUGUGUGAUCACGUCCGUAAUUCUCAUCACCACUCUGUUUUGCAAAGCGUCGAUAUUACAAGGAGAAAUUUGAUGCUGAUCACUCUUAGGGCUUAAAGGGUUAAGGAGCUGUUCUUCAUUGGUACCUUCAUUGGAUUAACCAGUAGAGAAAUCUGCUAACAUUAUGUAAAUUUGAAACUCUGUGGCAACGUAACUGAUCGGAUCUUGGAACUAGCGCUUGUAAAUUUAAAGAGAUUCCAUUUAUGAAAGUUGUUUUGAUCUCCACUUUGCUGCUUUUUCUGUAAAAGUAUUCAAACAUCUGUUUGACUAUUUUUUGCGGUACUUUAUCAUCUUUACGCACCAGGUUCCGUAAGAUUCCAGGAAAUACUUGUGAGAAUGGAACCGAGGAAGACUUCAUGCCAGUGUUAACUCCUUGCCCUGUCAAAGGUAACAAUGAAAUUUUGACCUCUCCUAAACAGCCUUUCCACAUGACGUCAUGUCCACCAUUUUGAAGUCCCAACACAAUUCCCCACAAUUCACCACUCCACUCCGGCAAACUAUCUCAGGAAUCGUUGCACCGAAAACUUGUACCCAUUCCCCUCAUAGUAAUAAUGCUGCGGCCAUGUUAGCGUCCCUGUUUGCUUUGUUUUCUGUUUAUAUGUAAACGUGUCCCAAUAAAAUUGCAUAGCUACUGGCCACCGGCCACUUGAGUGAAAAUGCUCUAUAGACAUUAGGAUAGCUCUCGUUAUAAAACAAAAGUGGCCAUAACAAGAACUAUAUUAUGCUUUAUUGUGUUCCUCACGCAUGGAUAUUUUGAUAUUUCCCACUUUCCAUCUUCCAUUAGUCUGAAACAAGAAAAAAGACUAGAAAUAAGCCAACAUCAAUGAAAAGAAAAAGUAGAGAUUAUAUGCUCCAAGGCUGUUGCGUCAUGCAUGAAUCAUUUUUGUUCAGAGCUUGUCUAAGCAAUAAUUAACCCAUUCGCCCCAGCAAUUUCAUGCCCUUCUCCAGUCACCAUCUGGCAAAAAAAAUCCAGACUGCCCAAAGUGCUGUUUACAAGAAUGCACAAAAAGCAAAGUUUCAUUGUGGUUUUUGGACAAAAAUGUGACAUUCCCUCAUGGACUUUUACUUUCCGUUUUCUCUCUCCCCCAUUAUUGUCCUUUUACUUGGCAUUUGUGGCUUCAUUCCUGUGUCAAAUGUUUUUGGCAAAAAACAUAAGAGAGGUCUUGAGUGCGUUCCAUUUGGAUGAUCCGGACCAGGGCUAGUGAUGUCAGAUCACAUGGAUCACAACACAUCAACGGAACCGAUGAACCCACGCUUGGAAAGAAUUCAUUGGUUCAUUUGAUGUAAAACGAUCCAAUCUCGGAUCACAGACCCUUAGAAUUAAGUGAGAAUCAAGUUAAUAAUUUCUCAAGUUAGGAAAUAAUCAGAUAAAAAUUACAAAUGUAAAAUGGUUCUUAUGGAUUAACCUGACAUGAUGCUAUUUAUUUUUAUUUAAUAGGGGUAAUGAACAGUAAAUGAUAGGUAAUGGGAGAGCUUGGUCACAUAGGCCAAAUUGUCGUUUGUCAUUUGCCGUAAACGUGAUUGUAAUUCUCUAUUAUUUUAGAGCGCGUUUGCAUGGUUUUCAGUGGAAUUUGCUGUUUGACUCAAACUUUCGCCUAUUAGGCUAUGACUUGAAAGAUCCCCGCACGACUUGGGCAUCAAGGUUUUCUCAAGUGAACAUGUCUCACUUGGGCAGUAACUGCUAGUUCAGUUCAAGGUUUUGCUCUCUGAAUAUUAUAGCUUUUCUGUUCCGUUUUUUUGUUGUUGUAGAAUUAGCGAAUUUGACCCUGACCUGCUCAAAUUCAAAUGGAGUUGGAAGAGCUGCUAUCGUUACUGGGCAAACAGCUUCCUUCAGUGCUGCGGUUGGACGAGGAUAUAUGCCAAAUAUUAAUUUCCAGUAGGUAUUUCACAAAGUGCAUGGUCCUCACUAAAAUUAUGGGUAGUCACUCAGGCAUGCUAGUGAUGGGCCAAAUGUGUGGACUUGUUUCCGUGUUAACAUUUGACUGUUGCCUCUCUAUUGUGACUGUUACGGCUAAAAUAAUAAAAGAAGGAUAACUAUCUUUUCAUUUUUCUCAAAAUAAUGAGCUUAGUUUUUUGCUUGUUUGUUUGGUAGAACACCUGACGCAAAAACGGUUGGCAAAUGGUUCUUUCAAUGAUUGAGUGUAGUUUUAAAAAGAAUUGCUUAUUUGUUUUGUUGAAAAACAGUUCAUAAGCUUUUUUUUUUUCAGGUGGUUCUUUGGAGAUGGUCAUGUUGGCCUUACAAACAAUAACACAAACGUGCAACAUAAAUAUGAAAAGUAAGAACAAGAAAUUUUCAAAGUUUUUUGAUAUUUUCCUUAAAUAUCGGUUGUUGUAAGCCUAAUUUAAACUGCAGACGAAUUGUCUGUUUGACAACCAAUUUGUGUAGUUAGAACUUUGGUUUUAUGAAGGGAUCGGUGCGAAAAAUAGAAACAGAAUGGCGGUGUUCGUAGCCUUUUUCAGGAUUUCAACGAGAGAAAUCAGAGAAAUUAAGAAGUAUUUUAGCGGAAUAGUUGGCUAGCAAUGUGCAUGGUUGAAUUAAAAAGUGAGAAAACAAAGAUGCGAAAGACAAACAAAGAAACAACGAAUGGUGAGAGAAGGGAACUGGAGAUUCAUCUGUAUUCGUCUGUCAGCAUGUCUAGACAGAUGAAUCCAGGGAAGAUGUAGUACUUCCAGUGCUACUAGAAAUGGAGUUCACAAAGUUACUGAUAAACAAGUGUGAAUGGGCCACUUUCAGGUUGCGCUAAGCCUCUUAUUCACAGCGAGGCUAAGUUCGAACAAAAUAAUAUGAAAGGGAUUUUUUAUUAAUGUGACAAAUGUAUACGAAAUAAAUCAAAUGAAACGCCAUUAUCAUAAGCGAGUUUUUGCACUUAACGAAGAGCCAUUAUGGCUGUUGACUUGACCUGUUUUUGAAAUUGAGGGUUUUUUAAACCCGGAAAUGACCUCUUUGAUGGAUUUCAGGUGACUCCAAAAUUUGUCCAACAAAUUUCCCAUUUGUGACUUGUUUAGUAAAUGAUUCAUAAUGAUUAUAUGGGAAAAGUUUUGUUCAAGUAAAAUUUGUUUUCCAGACCAGGGAAAUAUGUAGUGUCAGUUGUUGCAUCGAAUACUCUCAGCACUCUCGUGGAGAGAAUUGACCUCUACGUUCAAGGUUAGUACUGCCCGAAAGUUUCAGCUUCUCAAAGGCUUAUCGACUCAUCAUAUCCAUAUGUCAAUCGGUUUGUGUUUUCUCUAACAUACUACCUUAGAAUCCCAAUUUUUCUAAUCCCCGGGUUUUCNUAUAUGGGAAAAGUUUUGUUCAAGUAAAAUUUGUUUUCCAGACCAGGGAAAUAUGUAGUGUCAGUUGUUGCAUCGAAUACUCUCAGCACUCUCGUGGAGAGAAUUGACCUCUACGUUCAAGGUUAGUACUGCCCGAAAGUUUCAGCUUCUCAAAGGCUUAUCGACUCAUCAUAUCCAUAUGUCAAUCGGUUUGUGUUUUCUCUAACAUACUACCUUAGAAUCCCAAUUUUUCUAAUCCCCGGGUUUUCCAAAUUCUCCCACUACAAUUUUGGCCCCCCCCCCCGCCCCCUUUACUUCAAAGUAGAGAACAUGAUGUAAAUAUAUUUUUCCAGACAAACUUAACGAGAAGCAAAUGUCUGUCACCUAUCAACCCAAGAACCCUGGUGUUAAUGAAGAUGUCAUUUUUUCUGCAAGUCUAAAGUAUUCACCGGUAAGUAAAACCCAGGACUGUGAUUUCUAACUUCAAAGUCAUACCAGUACACAGAAAUUAGUCAAGCAGGUACGAUGUAGUCGGAACCAGUCAUCUGAGUAUGUCGUCAAAUGAUAAAUAGUUGUUGAAGAAACUAAGAACGGAACCGUAUAAUUUCCUAUACCUCUACUUUACUCCUGUGGACAAAUUCAAGAAUACAGUGAAACCCCGCCUUACGGCCACCUUAGUAAUACGGUUACCUCGUUAUUACAUGAAACAGUUUUCCUUAUUGCCCAAAACGUUUCUUUACCCGGGGUAUAAAGAUUUAAAGUUUUUCCAGUUUGCUCUUUGGUGAAGUUGUAACUAGCCUGUUUACAGAUUUUUUCUGAGGAAGGGGGAACGUCUGUGCACAGGCUAAGUUGUAACCUGUAGGGUAUCAUUAAUUAACGGUAAAACAUGUCAAAAACUCAAGAUUGUGAGCGUAAUUUGUCACCCAUGAUAUUAAUAGGGUUAAUACGUAAUCUAAUAGAGACCUUUAGGUUCAAGGACGAGAACGAUAUUUGACUUGAAGUUUUUUCGCGUAUUCUCAAAGUAUAGACUCCCCGGAAAGCUUUAUUUUACCUUUUUCACAUGACGAGUUAUUACUCUUAUCUUUAGUGAAGGAGGCUACACCCUCUCCCGAUCGCAAAAUGAUAAAACUUCUAACAUUUUAUAACUCGAUUCCGCCACUACGACAUUUUCUUUAAAACUCGUAGUAGAGUGACGACGGUUGUGACGACGGUUGUGACGACGGCUGCCACGUUUUCCCGCCAAAAUGACUGUCUGGUUCACGCGUGAGCAACACUCAGUAUUGAGAAAAUCUCGUACUCGUUGUCCUACUCGCCUUAGAAUCUAAAGCUAUCCAAUGGCAUGCUCGUGAAAUUAAGCGAUAAUUUCACUUGCGUUUUGAGGAGCGAGGAGGGACGGCUGUAUUCGCAGACUAUGGACUAUGUUGGGAUUUACUUGGUUGGAAUUUUCUUUUUAAAGGGGCAGGUUGGCCAUGUGAAGUACAAAUGGAAAUAUGACGAUGGAGAAUUCGAGAAAUGGCAGGCAGUGGCUACACUUCAGUUCAAAUCUUCUAAGACGUGAGACAUUUUACCAUACUUUAACUUUGACCCUGUCUGCGGCAUCAUCACUGUGCUUCCCAGCCGUCCUUGUUUUGUGUUGCUUUUAAUUUUAUCCUUCUCCAGCUCUUUGAUCUUGUGUUGUUCUUCAUUUUCUUGAAGGCGGUCUUUUGUAGAAAUUAUCGUAUUAUUGUCAUUAGGCUACGGAUACAACGUCACGAAUCCGGAUAUUUUGGGAACCCUUUUUUUUUCAACGCGACUCGACCUUCCGUCCACGGAAUCAGUGCGUUCGCUAAACGAAACGGCAUUUGUUUUCCGCUCUCCAGAAAGGGACCCGUACGCGCGAGUCUGGGUAGCAAAAUGUAGUAAUCCAAAAUACCCGGAUCCGUGUUUAUGAUGCAUCCAUUCACAGCCCCCGCUUAUAGCCGUUGCACAUGCCCGCUCGAAUUUUUUAUUGACGUUUUUGUUGAAAACAGUCAAAAAUUCCAAUAGGGAAAUGCGAUGGCUAUCUUGUAUGCUGCAAAUUAUUCCUCCUUAGCAACCAGACGUACAUACUUAAUCGAUAAGCCGAUAAUCGAUAUCAAUCGAUAGAUCGUUUUCACUGUUACGCAACAAGAAAAUAAAUUGGAAACCGUCAAGUGGAAGAAGCCAAGAAAAUGAAAUGUUAUAGAAGACUAAUAUAUAAACAAUUUGUCCAAGUUUCAGGUCUUUGUGGGCCACAGUUUCUGAGUUAUUUGCCGAAACGUUUCACACACCUUUGUAUGGAGACGCCACAUUGGUGUCCAGGUUUUGGUGCACGGAUAUGGCCGCUGGACAUCAACAAAAACAUCUGGAGUUCCCUUUUUCUAUAAAAGCUCUUUCUUUUCACUCGAGAACUAGCAUACCUGCGUAUAAACAUAUCUUCUAAUACUUGAAAUGGACAUACUGCUGAAAAUCAAGAGGAGAGACUUUUUUUCAACAAGACAGCAUUCCUAUUUUGGUGUCACGCAAAAUAUAGUAUUUUCGAAAUGAAACAUGCUACGGGAAUGUACAAUUUGAUGACGUCACUGUGAAAACCAUCUAUAGUCAUCGAUCCUAAUCGAUGAUUAAUAUCGAUUUCCGAUAUCAAUCGAUCGAAAUCGAUAUAGAAAAAAAGUUGUGACUUCGAUUGAUAUCGAUGAUUUUCCGAUAGAAAUCGAUAAUGAGUUUUUAUAGAUAACUAUCGAUUGUUAUCGAUUUUGUUUAUCGAUAAUAAUCGAUAAACUAUUUUUCUGUGACUUCGAUUUCUAUUGAUUUCCAAUAUCAAUCGGUAUUAAUCAGCGGAUUAAAUCGAUUAAUAUCGAUUGAUUUCCGAUAUCGAUUUUUAUCGAUUAACUACGUCUGGUUAGCAAUGACGACGACCACGGAAAGGAGAACGUCUUAAAAGUAUUGUCCGGACGCGUGCAAACGGGGCUCUCAAUAAGCAAAACAACAAGUCUGUACGGAGAUCACACUUUUUGGUAUCUUUCUUUGCCGCCAUUGUACCACUAAGACGUGAAAUAUGUUCCCCUGAAUGGGCCCUCAGGAGAAAGAUUAAAUUGGAAGGAAAGACCAUUGUUUUGAUAAGACUGGACCAAAGUUGAAUGUUCUGUUUCUUUGCAGAUACAACGUUUCAAUAACAGCCGAAAAUUAUCUGAGCAACGUGACAAAGAUUGUUCAGGUCAACGUUGCCAAAGGUUUGUUGUCUAUAAUUACUACAAAUAUUUCCUUUUUUUAAGGAAUUUUUUGAUCCAGAAGAAAUUAACUUUGUUCAUUUUUCACUGGCACCUCAGAAAAGUUGUACUUACCCUUGAAAGGCGGAAGUAAAAAUUUUACCCCCUGAAGUCAAAAGGCCCCUACCGCUCCGUUUAGAAAGCUACAGAAAAUACAGCGUACCUACGUACGCUGGUCAAUCACGUGACAACCAAGCGAAAAGAGGUUGACCAUAUUCCUUGAGUAUAGGGCUAGGCUAUGCGCGCUGGAGCCCCGCUAUUAUUACGCAAGAUUUUUAACUGGAGGUUGUGUUUGCACCCAGGGAAAAUAGCUUGUCCCCGGUGUAAGAACCUGUAAGACUCACAGGUGACGUAGAACAGAGAAAGCAGAGAAGUCAACAAAAUAGAACCUAAGGAAAAAAAAAACGCUACGAAGCAAUGAAAAAGCUCCCAGGUUCUUACACCGAGGUAAAUGCUUACUUCGUCUCCUUUGACAGUAGAAAAUUGUUUCAACGAGUUGUGACUGUUCACGUUUAACAUAGUUGUUUUGUGAUCUGUCUUUGUAGACCUGACUCCAAUCAAUGUUGUUGCCAAGGUUCUUGGGCCUUCGAGAAUUUUAGUGAAGUGGGAUCCUCCCCUAAAUGCAGACAGUUCCAUUAAAGGUUACAAGGUUUAUAAAAGGUGAUAUGAAUUAAUUUCUAAUGUAAUAAUCAUAGGUGACGAAUUACUCCUUAAUUUUGGCGCGAAAUUUCAGUGAUAAUUUGUAAUUUCACAUGUGAAAUUACAAAAUUUCCAUGGCAACCUUCCGUACGUCUCAGUGUCAAGAUGGCGACGAAGUUUUAAAAUGUCAUGAAUGAAGAUGCCAAGGCGUAAAAAGACGCUUCAGAAAACCCGAACACACGAAAAAGCACAUCAAGAAGGAUUCUAACAGGUACUUUGUCAAAAAACUCUGAACGUAAACCAAAUUUGAGCCCUAAACGUUCGAGAGAGUGCAGGAGUUCGCGAUCGAUACUAUCCAGGGUAAACAUGUCAAAAAUCCAAGAUUGCUAAUGUAAUUCGUCAACCAUGAUAUUAAUAGGUAAUCAAAUGGUAUACUCGUUAAAUUAGGGAAUAAUUUCACUUGCUUUUUGUCCAAAUCCCUAAAGGCUCGGGAAAUUAUAAGGAUUUGGACAAAACGCGCGUGAAAUUAUUCCCUAAUUUCACUCCUCACCAUUUUAUUACACAUACAUAUUGGUGAUAAUUUGACAUACUUGCGCCGAAGUCUAAAUUCAACACACUUUCCAAAUUUCAUCUUUUAAAAUACUGAAAAACAGGUUUCAUUUGACUGGUCACACCAUAGGGUUUCGUCUGCAGGUGAGAAUACUGAUUAAAGCCGCAUUCACACUAACUAAACAUGUGUAAUUAAACUAGGUAUUAAAAAUGGAAAACACGUGGAAAACUGGAACAUAGGUUUUUACACAGAAUUCAAAUGAAAUUCAACAUGUUUUGUAAUUUUCACUAAAUUUGCAAUCAACUCAAGUCAGUAAGCAGCUUUUAUGAAGAAAUCUAUUUUCAAGCGUCUUUAACUAAACAGCUUUUAAACAUGUUUAAGCAUUGGUGUGAAUCGGGCUCUGAGAAAUUUCAUAUAAAUGGUCUUAUAAUAGGAUUUCAUUUUCAGACUCGAAAGUUAGAACCAUAUCACAAGACUCGAGAGUUAAGAACUACUCACUAAAUAGAUAGUACCAUGUGAAAGUGCAGCUGAAGAGGUUUCACUUGAAUGGUAACACCAUAUGGUUUCAUCCACAGACUAAAAAAGUUAGAACUGCAUACGACAUAAAUAUUACGCUGUGAAAGUACUGCUGAAGAGGUUUCAUUCGAAUGGUAACACCGUAGGAUUUCAUCCACAGACUCAAACGUUAGAGCCACUUUACAAGACUCCACCAUUUUUUCCGCGAUUGGCAAGAUUAACACUACUAAUUGAACUAAUGAACUCUUUAACAAGUUACAGUAAACACCCGCUGAUAAAAACCGAGUGGUUUAAUAACCUGCUGGCGGAAACUUGUGGUUACAGUUAAAUUAUGAUAAACAAUUUAACUAAGGAAUGUACAUUUGAGAUUGUAAAUUUAAGUAUAACAAGAACUAAGUGAACCAGACUGUAUAAAUACGGUAACCAGUUUUGUUGGGGUUAUAAUAAUACAAUUGUGAAUAAAUACGUUAUUUUUAAGGACCAAACCCAAGUUUUUCUAUUUUUAUGGUAAUCAAGAAUUUAUUAUCUCCUUUAUAAAAUGAAGAACCUAAUUAAGGACAUACUUAGCGUAAUUUGCAAAUAGGUAACCCAAAAUACAAGAACCUCGGAUAAGGACGAAAAACCAUAGGCCCCGUCUCACUGCUCUUUCACUGUUCUGAUUCUUGUGGGACGUAAAAGAACCCACACUGCUGUUGGUAAAGAGUAGGGGGCGUGGACCCCAAUGAUGCGGUACAACCUUCCAUGGGCUGGGUGGAUAAUGAAGGGGUUGAUGUCAAUUGGGACGUUAAUCCUGUUUCAUCCCCUGUCACCGUGUUGAGUCAUCGUGGCGAAUUCAAUAAAGUACAUUAACAUAGGACAAAAUACAAUAACCUAUUUUCCCAGACUGUAUGAUUGAUUUACUGUAUGACUGAUUUUCUUUCGUUGUUUAGCACCUCGGCUGGUGGUAGCUACAAACCGACAGGAUGUGAAAGUCAAUCAGGCUCUUCCUGUACGGUAGGAAGCCUCACGCCGGCUACAACCUACUACUUCAAGGUCAAAGCCUCCACUACUGGCGGCACUGGUCCAUUUUCAAUCUUUGCUGCCGCCACAACCAAUAUGACCAGUAAGUUGAGAGAGGCACUGUGAUCUUUAACCCUUCAAGCCCCUGUACCCACCUAUAAAUUCUCCAAACUUAUCUCAAUAUAUUUCCUUGAAGAGUGGUGAGAGGAUUUGAUAAAGGAUUUGCUUUGGUGAUCGUUCUAAGAACUCUCACUACCUCUUUUGUCGAUGAUGUAUUGAUAUCACGUAGGAGAAAUUGAUGUUAGUUACUCUUAAUGGGUUGAAUGUGGUAACGUGAAUAAUUUGAGAAAGAUUCUCUUUUUUCAGUCAGUGACACAGACAGCUCGGAAGAAAAAAACUGAGUACUCCUAACACAACUUAAGACUUUCUAAAAGUCCUUUAAUUUUUUUUAUUGGUUGGUUAUUCCUUUAAUGACUUUCUGGUUACUAAUCCUCGUGGUAGCUGAGGCCACUAAAAUAGGUUCAUGUGACAAACACACUGCAUGCUACAAGGACUGGAAUGCCUAUAUGUGGUUAUGCGCAGUGGUAGAAAUAUGAUGGUGAAUUUUAAGCCUCGUGAAUGCAUGAGAAAGAUUUUUUUCAAUCAGUGACACAGGCGGCUAGGAAGAAAAUAUCCGUGUUCUCAUAACAGCACUCAAACCCCUGCCUGACCGUCUGGUUAUUAGUCCAGCCAUGCUCUACCACUGAGCUACAGGAACCACUAAACUAGGUUUAUGGACAAAUAUCCUGUAGCAUACUGCUAGAACUGGAAUAUCAAUAUGUACUUAUGCGCAGUGAUAGAAAUGCGAUGAUGAAUCCUAAGCCUGGUGAAUACGCGAGAAAGAUGUCUUUCAGUCAGUGGCACAGGCAGCUAGGAAGAAAAAGAAAUAAUAAAUUGGAACUUACUCAUUGGAGAAUUGUCUGAAGUCAGUCUUUGGUUAGCUCUGAUUUUGCCGGGAUUCAUUUCAAACAAAGAACACAACUAUUGUCACUGUAUCUAAACCAGCAUUUGUGGUGAUAUUUU